UAGCGGUUUCGAACGAGGGAAAAAAAGCCCAACCGAAAUCUGUUCGUGUCGGUCUCAUAUCUUCUGGUUCCUUAUUCUUGCCGGUUAAGGAAAACGAGAGGAGUUUUUUCUUUUCAUCUGCGAGAGUGACGGAGGGUUGGAUGGGACUUUGGUGCAUCGUACUAGGUGUUGUUUGAUGGCAGCUGUGCCACGUAUACCGUUGGCCGCUUCAAUCAGCCUCAACGGUCAAAGUCAUAAAUGCAGUUUGGUGGCACCGUCAGCGCUAAUAUCAAUUGGGUCUCCAGAAUCGUCUACUUCCUCUUCUCUCAGUCAUUUCUGUUCUCGUCUCUCUUUUUCUUCUUCUUCUUCUUUGAUACGCCAAAGAGAGAAGACAAAGGGUUCUAAGAGUGGUGGACUGGUAGUUGCAGCGGCAAUGGGGGAUUUGGCUCAAACCACUGUCCUUGUUACCGGAGCUGGUGGAAGAACUGGUCAAAUAGUUUAUAGGAAAUUGAAGGAGAGGUCCGGGCAGUAUGUUGCAAGAGGUCUGGUUAGAACAGAAGAGAGCAAGCAGAAGAUAGGAGGGGCCGAUGAUCUUUAUGUCGGAGAUAUAAGGGAUACUGGUAGCAUUAUUCCUGCCAUCCAAGGUAUUGAUGCUCUCAUAAUUCUUACAAGUGCUGUGCCAAAGAUGAAGCCUGGUUUUGAUCCAACCAAAGGUGGGAGGCCUGAGUUCUAUUUCGAAGAUGGUGCAUACCCUGAACAGGUUGAUUGGAUUGGGCAGAAAAAUCAGAUAGAUGCUGCCAAGGCUGCCGGAGUGAAGCAAAUUGUGUUAGUUGGGUCCAUGGGUGGAACAGAUCUUAAUCAUCCCUUGAACGCAUUGGGCAAUGGAAAUAUAUUGGUUUGGAAGAGAAAGGCUGAGCAGUAUUUGGCUGAUUCUGGUGUUCCAUAUACAAUUAUAAGGGCUGGAGGCUUGCAAGAUAAAGAAGGUGGAAUUCGGGAACUGCUUGUUGGGAAGGAUGAUGAGCUUCUCAAGACAGAAACCAGAACCAUUUCCAGGGCUGAUGUUGCAGAAGUCUGCAUUCAGGCCCUCCAAUUUGAGGAAGCGAAAUUUAAGGCCUUUGAUCUGGCCUCAAAGCCUGAGGGAACUGGGACACCAACAAAGGAUUUUAAGGCCUUGUUUUCCCAAAUCACUACCCGGUUUUGAUUUUUUGCGGUGAUGUCGCAAAGUCGAGAACACUAUUUAAUAAGGCCAAGGUCAUUUGCCAUUGGUUGAUAUUUAUGCUUCGUUUUCUGUGAUAAUGGGAAAAUGAGAAUGGCCAAACAAUUGUCGAUGUCUACUCCCCCAGCUGACUGGGAAUUUAUGAUAAAACCUUUUAUGCAAAAGCUUAUAGCAUGUGGACUUUGUCACCAUCUCAAAUGGGUGUCAAAAUCUUUUAACUUAGUGCUGGUUUUGUGGUUUA